AUGGUCAAAUCUAGUGAUAUUGUGUUCUACUGUAAUGUGGCUGAACUAUUGUUUGAACCCUUUAUUGCUCAUAAACUACCAGAGGGUCCGGAGAUGUACGAUGCUAGAAUAGAGGAAGUAGAAGUGCCAAUGCACCACCGCCCUGGAAGCAGCAUCCUCCCAUCCCCACCCGGCACCCGCUCGACCCACUCUCUGCCGCCGAGGUCACGGCUAUCCGAGCAGCCGCCGUGCUCGCAUCACCGCUGGUCCCCGCCCGCCUGCUGCACUUCCACUAGGUCGGCAUUGACGAGCACGACAAGGCGGUCGUCUUCACCUACAUACGCCUCUGGCGCUGGCGCCUCCACGGCCCACCUCCCGCGGCGCGCGCUCGUGAUCGCUCGGGCCGAUGGCCAGUCGCACAAGCUCCUCGUCGACGUCACCGACACCUCGGCGCCGUCCGUCCUCUCGCACGCACUCCACUACGACGCGGGCUUCCCGAUGAUGACGGCGGAGGACCAGCGCCACGGGCUGAACGUCAGCGACGUCGGCUGCGGGGUGCUCUCCAGGGGCUGGUUCAGCGCCGGUGGCCAGCCGGACUACGGCGGCGCCAGGGUGGCGAAGAUGCAGUGCUUCGUGAGCGCCGGAUCGGCCAACUUCUACGCGCGGCCGCUGGAGGGCGUGACGCUGGUGGUGGACCUCGACCACGUGGCCAUCGUCGGGUACCGGGACAGGGUGGUGGAGCCGGUGCCCAAGGCCGAUGGUACGGACUACAGGGCGGAGAAGCUCGGGCCGCCGUUCACCAGGCCGGCCACGAAGCCCGGCGUGGUUGUGCAGCCGGAGGGCAGUGGAUUCCGGAUUGAUGGCCGUGUUGUCAGAUGGGCCAACUGGGAGUUCCAUGUUGGCUUCGACAUGCGCGCCAGCAUGGUCAUCUCACUCGCCUCGAUCCAAGACGCUGAUACCACCGGGGGGCCAGCGGCAUCGGCCGGUGCACUACGGUGGUUUCGUGUUGGAGGUGUUUGUCCCUACAUGGACACGGUGGAGGAGUGGUACUUCCACACGUUCAUAGACUCCGGUGACAACAGCCCGGGCGUCUCGGCGUCGCCGCUCCUUCGUGGCGCCGACUGCCCCACGAAUGCGGCCUACUUUCGACGGCUACUACGCCAACGCGGACGGGACCCGGUCCCGGGCGGGGCCGACACGCCGAGAAGGAGCUACUGGACGGUGCGCCGCGAGGUGGCCGAGACCGAGGCGGAUGGCCAGGUGGACGUCAACAGCCCACCGGCGGACCUGCUGUUCGUGAACCCGAGCAAGAGGACCGCGGUCGGCAACGAGAUCGGGUACCGGCUCGUGCCGGCGGGGGGGGCGACGGGUGCGUUGCUGCUGGCGGACGACGACUACCCGCAGCGCCGCGCAAGCUACACCAAGCAGCAGGUGUGGGUGACGCCCUACGACAGCGUCGAUGUGAUUGUUACUGAUGUGAAUGAUGCAUAUGCCGCACGGCUCACGUAA